UUACAGGUGCGAAAAAGUGCGGUGGGAUUGCUGUCAAACGUCUUUUUCAUUCUACCGCAAGCAUGAGGGGUAGCGAGGAUUUACACAAACUGACCGAUUCAAUAUACAAGCACCUGACAGAAAGCUUCAACCCAGGUGUGCGGAACCUUAUAGUCUGUGGCAGAGCAUAUCACAAAGCCUUGACAGGGGCAUCUGUCAUGGCCAAAUCGUACAUAGAUGCUAUAUCUAAACUAGGCCACAACUGUCGGGCAAACUGUAAAGGAGCUACAAGAGAACUAGGUGAGGCUUUGUUCCAAGUAGCAGAUGCAUACAGACAUAUUCAGCUACAGAUAGAUGAGGCAACCAAAGGUUUACUUACAGAUUUCCUCACGCCUCUGGAAAACAAAUUAGAAAAUGAAUUCAGGAUUGAAUCAGUAGCUCACCAUAAACGUUACCUCAAUGGACACAAGACCAUGUUGGCACCAUAUGAAAAGUCACAACGAACAUUAAAUAAAGUGAGAAAGAAGAGUAAAAGCAAAUCUGUGGUGGAUGAUUCACAGUUUGCUACAAAAGUUACCAUCUCUAAAGACAAGUUGGACAGGUUCAGACAGCAGGGAUUGAAAUUAGCUUUACUGGAUGAAAGGAAGUAUUAUUGUUAUGUCCUGGACAAGUGUAUAUUUAUGGCCAAAAAAUACUCGGACUACCACAGAAGAGGCUAUGAACUUAUUGCCAGUCGGAUGAGAGACUGGGAGAAGACAACUUUCCAACCUGAUACUCUGCCAGAAUCCUCGGAAUGCUUACUUGAAAUUUCUCAUACGGGUAAUGGUUAUGGCCCUCCUCAAGCCAGGGGAGACUACUCUAUGAUGUAUGAUGACCCCUACAGACGAGCCGCUGUGGAUUACAUGAGACAGAUGCCUGAUCGCUUUCCUCCAAGCGAUUCCUUCAGGGACACCACAUUGCUGACACGAUCAAUCACAGUCCCUCCUGCCCCUAACCAGGGCAUUCUGGUGAGGGCUGUGUACAACCAUAGUGCUGAGGGGGAAAGUCAGUUGAACUUUGUGGAGGGGGACGUGAUCAGUUUGCUUGGGGACAAAUCUGAUGGCUGGCACUAUGGACACAACUCCAGGACCAGCAAGUAUGGAUGGUUUCCCUUGUCAUUUACAGAACCAUUGGAGAGAGGAACGUUGCAGAUGAGUCAGAGAUUCCGUAGUACUGGUGAUCUAUUGGACAGUCACUCUGUGUCAGACCAUGGCUCCUUAGAACAGGAGGCCCUGGGGCUUGUCAGACGCCCACGAUCUCUCUAUGACCCCUCUCAAAGUCGACAGACAAAUGGCCCUAGUCAGUUGGAAGAGACGUCCCCAGGGUACAGCAUGGACUACCAGGUGCCUCCUGCCCCCCAACCCAUAGGUUCUGCCCAACCAGGUAAUGGAUAUGCCGACCAAAACACCUCUCACGGGUACCACAAUCAGGGCCCGUACCCCAAUGGAGGGGCCACACUGCCCAGUCCUGGUAGCCCAGUGGAGGAAACCAGCGGGCACUCGAACAGCAAGAACUUGAUGUUGGCAGGAGUUCGCUUAAGGAGUACAGUAACAAAUGACAGAUCUGCCCCAAGAAUUUGAUGAGAUCACGGCACACUUGAUGAUUUAAUGAGUAAAUUUGCCUGUCAGACAUCCCAUCCCAUUAUAUACAUUAAUCCUUAAAUGUAAUAGCUUAUCAACUUGAUUGUGGAAUCUUCAGUGGCGUUCCUGUCAGUGGAUACGAUAAAGGGCCUGAAAGUCGAUCCAUUACUAGGUUGAACAUGUCCCCUGAUUCUGAAAGUUCUGUUCAUCUUUGAAUAUUGUUUUGAGAUUUUUUUGCAAGAUGGAAUGGUAUCCUUAGUUUCAGGAAUAAUUUGUGGCAUUUAUUUGCCUCUGAAAAUGCAAUCUAUUUGCGCUUAAAAGAACUGCUAUAAAGAGUUUGUAUUCCUGGUUAUUUAAACUGAUUUUGUGUUGCUGAUAUGAAGUUACAUUUUGUCUUUAAAGAUUUAAGCCAGAACCCAGCAAUUCAACUCAGUUCAGAAGUUGAAUGUGCCAGUACAUUUGUGUGUAGUAAAUUUUUGUUAUUAUUUAAUUAAGCAGUGGAGUAGGGGCUAAGCCAAAUAUUUAAGACUGUAGUGAAGGCCAAGUUUGAAUUGUUCUUUUACGGGCGGAGUAAAUAUUUUUUCAGUGUUUUUGGAGGGUUUAAAAGAAAAAUUUAAAAAUUAUCUAAAUUGUGGAACGUGUGUUCUAUCUUUGGCAAUUUUUGCCCUUAAGAUACAUUAACAUGACUGGAAAGCCUUGAAAAAGAGGGAAAUCAUAAAAAAAAACAUCAGACUAUUUAAAAUGGAUUUUGCAUUUCAUCUUUAUUCCCUUUUUGGAUUUAUUUAGUGUUGGCUAGCCCGUAAAAUAAAAUUGCUUUUGCCUACAGUGUGAAAAACUGUGCUGAGAUGCCCCUUUAAGAUUAGAUACACCAAGCCCUAAAGUGGCAUAGGAUCCAAUAUGAGGUGUAGCACCAGGAAAGAUAUCACAAAAGCUGUAUUUGCCACAACUCACAAAUCUGUGUAUUUAUAUAUGUUAACAGUGUGCAUAUCUGUCUGUAACUGUAUAGUGAAUUCCUGCUGUAAAUGCAUGAAUUUUGUUUUUGUUACAUCAUACCUGAAUCUAGAUGACCCUGGCAGCUGCACAUGUAUACCACUGUGUAUGUACAAUCUUCAUUGUGAUCCAGUCUUCAUGCAGUAGUCACCUGUAUAUCCAGCAUAUGCCAAAUUUCACCCCUGCCUCAAAUAUGCUCUACCCCCGGCCUGGAAUUCUUAGCCAUGGCCAUUUGGAUGACUUGUAUAUUAUUGGUAUUUUGAAUACUAUAAUUAUUGUGUUUGAAAAGACCUGAUGUUGCCAGUGUGAUCUUGUGUGUAUAAUUAUGAUUAAGGUGUACAUUGCAGAUAUGUUGUGUUAAAUAUGAACUUCAACCAAUACAUCGUAGUUUAAAUGUAUACAUAUAAUUUUGUGAAAUGUAUUUCAUGUGACUGUCUAUAACUAAGGCAUAUAACGUAUAUGGUAUUUUAUCUAUAUAGAUGUACAUUCCUACCAAAAACUUUGGCAUGUGAGAACUGUUCUAAUUUUUUAAAACUUAUUAGUUUUUCUUACACCUGUUGUAUAUGUGUGAGUGGUAUUAUCUAAACAGUAAAUCAAUAAUUGUAUAUUUUACUUUUUUUUUUUCAAUAUGUGACCUCUUCAGCUUGGCAAAUCAAACAUGUAGAUUCAUAGCAACUGUAUAUCAAACAUGUGGAUUCACAGCAACUGCAUAUCAAACCUGCGGAUUCACAGCAACUGCAUGUCAAACGUGGAUUCACAGCAACUGCAUAUCAAUCGUGUGGAUUCACAGCAACUGCAUAUCAAACAUGUGGAUUCACAGCAACUGCAUAUCAAACAUGUGGAUUCACAGCAACUGCAUAUCAAACGUGGAUUCACAGCAACUGCAUAUCAGUCAUGUGGAUUCACAGCAACUGCAUAUCAAUCAUGUGGAUUCACAGCAACUGCAUAUCAAACGUGGAUUCACAGCAACUGCAUAUCAAACCUGCGGAUUCACAGCAACUGCAUAUCAAUCAUAUGGAUUCACAGCAACUGCAUAUCAAUCAUGUGGAUUCACCGCAACUGCAUAUCAAUCAUGUGGAUUCACAGCAACUGCAGAUUACCCUCUGUGAUAUCUAGCCUCAUGUGGAUAUAUUUCUGGUAGAAAUGGCACUGCCAGCUUGAUGAAACUUAAAUUAAAAAAAAGAAAAGCAAGUAAUUUACAAAUCUAAAUUUCAUUGUUAUCGUGUAUCAUUGAGUUGGAGGCACAGUCAACUGUAAAUGCACUUCACAUUUUCAUGCACAGUGUUAAGAGAGAGUACUCAUAUAAACAUGCCCUGGAGGUGUUUUUCCAGUGUCCUGUUUAAAAAGCUACAUGUAUGUUACUGUCUAUAUUAGGUAAGUCAUUAGUGCUAUAUUACCAGAUGACUAAUCCAACAGCCUUGUUUGUUGUAAAGACAUUAAGCAGGGGAAAAAAGGAAGUGUGCAUCAGUUAUGAAUAAUUUGAUCUUGCCUCAUUUUCAACAGUUUACCCUUGCACACAUUGAACAUUGUGAUAUGAUGUAUAUUUUGCAUAUCUUGUACAAAUAUUUUCAGUGGUCCUUUUCUUUAUCAAUCUUAUAUCGAAACUUGUCCAUUUUCAUACCUGGUCAAAUAAUGUAUACCAAUUACCUACAUUUUUCUAAAUACAUACAUGCAUAUAUUUAUAUACUUAUGUAAACAGUCGUUUUUGUUCCAUUAAAAUAGAUGUAAUUUAUAAACCAAUUUACAGGUAUAUAAUGAUACUCAGCUAUACAUAUUUGCAUAUGGUACUUGUAAUUUAUGAUAUUUCUAUUAGAAUCUGACACUGUGACCUAUGCACCAGAGAUUUUACAUAUCAUUUGAUCUGUGACAUUUGUAGAUAGAAAGUAUUACUGAAAUGGCUAGUCACGUCUUUUAUUUUCUUUAAACUUCCAACUUCAUGAAAACUAUACUCGCAAUAUAUCUGUAUUGAAGACAGGUUUGACAGGUUGGAAUUCACUCCGCCUGCCAUAUAUAACACAUGAUAUUUCUGUAAGUUGAUCCAUAUUUGCACUUAGGACUGAGGCAAUCAGUCUUAAAAAUGUUUAGAAACAGUUCACAAGCAUUAAAGUCUAUAAGUGAUGAGGUUUUAAGAAUUCUCUUGAGCUAACAUUUGUUUUUUGUGAACAGCAAUAGGUGUCUUCACCUCUGACAACUUUACCAAAUGUAUAUGCCACACAGCAUAGGAAUUUAAGACACUGCUGAUUAUGUUUCAGUUUGUAAGCUAAUGUACAAACAAGUAAGUGAAAUAUUCUGGAACGGAGUAAAAUACCAGUCAAAUAAAUAAAAUACAUUUUGCAAACGUUGAUCGAAUUAUAUCUGAUAAGAUCAUACAUAUAUGAUGUUAAUACUAUUAUGUACAGUGACCUUCCCACAGUUGUCCUACAACCAUUCUGUGACCUUCACACAAACACACAUUCUAAUUUUUUUAGCCCAUUCUUUGUAAGUCAGGAAAGUAGAUUCGUCAUUAAGGUCAAUUUUUAAGGGGCUUAAGUUAAAGCCGGAGCUCACAAAUAGUUACAUUGUUCCUUUAUGCUUUAUGUUGGAGAUAUCUUAUGAUGAGGGUUACUCAUCCUAUAUAGCCAUACUGUCACAAGGAAUGUUUUGAGAUGGAAUACGGACUACAAAGAACAAGCAUAGUCGAUCAUAGGUGCCCAUAUUGUGUUUUCUCUACAGUGACCUUGCAUUCCAGAAGGUGUCGAACUAUCACUAAAAACUGGUUAUUUCUAGGCAAAUUAUAAUCAUACAUGAGGAUAGUAUAAAGUAACAGAACAAAAUCUGUCUUCAAAUUUUGAUCCAAUGAGAAAAUGAAGGAGGUUCUGUCUGAUUUUUUUACAUUUUUCAUUUGACACAUUUUGCUUCUUUCUGAUUGAUUCAUUCACUUUAUAGGGCCACUUUUUGUGAAAUUCAAUUCAUUUCUCAUCAUAAGAAACUUGAGGGUUGGCAUCAAAAAUACUACUUUAAAGCCUUUAUUUGCUUUAUUUUAUUUGGAUUUUUACAUACCAAACUUUGGGACAAACACAGUCAGUGAGAUAAUGCAGAUUACACUUGGGCAGGAUGUACUGUGGCUGCAGCUCAGUAAUGAAAGUGUUUUGUAUGUUGUUGGUACCAAGGCCUUUUAUACACGUAUACCAUGGUUCUGCUUUACUGAGUCAGGUGUAUGGUUAAGAAUAGUGUAGACUUUAUGAUGACCAUCUCCUGCAUUGCUAGCCUCACAUUUAUGUAGUUGUAAUUCCAAGUUUUUGUUACAUUUUGCAGAAUGUGUUAUGGUCUCCGUGGUUACAAAACCAUACUGUUGUGCAGCACAUUUUCAGCAUUAUUGAAAUUACAGUUCAUUUUUUUGUCAAAGAAGCAAACUUCCGUUUGCUAGCAGAGGUCAUACUGACACGAUGCCUUGUACCAGUUUCAUUGGGAACAUUUAUUGUAUUCAUAAAACUAAAGGCCUGAAAUAUAUUUCUUGAAGUGCGAAUUUGGCCAAACAUGCCUAAAGGUAUUUCCAUUAUGAUAAACUGACACUUUACAGUGAUACAUAUGACUGAGUUACAUUAGAAAUUAAAAAUUUGGUAAUUUAUGUCUUUAGUUAGUUUAGGAAGACAUUGAUAUGGUGUAAUGAAUACUUUUUUAACUGUGUUACAUGUAUUUGGUGUGUCAACCUCAAACUUAAUUUGAUAAUUUUUUUGGGUAGAUUGUUAUUAAACUGGUGAACUGAAAUUGUGUGUUUCUUUAGAUAGACGAUUUUAAAGAUAAACCACAACAUACAUUGCACCUGUGUCCAGCCAAUAUUCUCUUGUGCUGGAAAGUUUCCUCUUAUAAUAAGGCUUCAUGGUAUAGAACCUUAAAGUGACUUUCUCCAUAAGGCAGAAGCAGUCUACACUUCUGUAUGAAAUGACCUAAAAUUUUGUCUUUGGGGAAGUUAUUCAGGUUUCCAGAUUCUUUGUUGAUCUUAGGAAAGGUGUUUUGAGGUUUGUUUGGAAGGUAAGGUGAUAUGGAUAAAAUGUAAGCUUCAAGACCAAAAGGAAACUUUUAUUGCAUUUAUUUGCAUCUGAAAAUAGUCUAAUGUAGGCAGUUGUUUUUUUUUUGUCAUUUACAGUGAGUGUUUUCCAGUGCUUGGGAACAUCAUCAACUGAGGCAAUAGAUAAUAAGAAUUUUCAGAGAAUUACCAGUUUGAUAUUUUUCCUUUGAUUGCAGUGUCAUUUGUCAGUUAAGGCGAGUUCUUUGUAUUAGGAAUUUGAAACUGCGGAAAUCUAUAGGCUUAUAAAUUUUACCGGGUUAUGGAUCUUCUAACUAAGUUACCCUAAAUCUUCAACAGAUUCAACCACAUAAUGCAUGAUAUGGCAAAGUGGAGGAAUACCUACUAGCUAAUGUCAACAGUUUAUUAUAUAAUUCUGUACCCUUACCUGAAUGAUACAUUUUCGCUCAUCUUAUGAAUUAUGCUUUCAUUUUUUUUUAGCAUCUAAAUUUAUAUGUACUGGACCUGUUGGUUGAGGAUUUAAGGUGAUGCAUUGUGUUGGAUGGCUUAUUCCUUCAUUUAUUGUUGGUGACGUUUUAAUGCACCUGUAGAUUCUUGUGUCUGUUUUCAAACGAUUGAUAAGUGGCUUGAAAGGGAUGUUAGAUGUAAUAUUGAAACACCCGCAGGAAUAAAUUGAGAAGUGUGUUAUCCAAAAGUAAAGUGUUAUUAACUUAGUUCAUGGAACAGCUCCUAAAUGCCACUUCAAACUUGUAUGCCAUUUUUCUCCAUAUAUUUGGGGAGAUAUGAAAUGUUAGCAAACAUCUAAAGAAAGUAUACAACACUUUUAUGUCUUGGUUGUUUCAACAUUUUGGUUUAUUGGCAACUUUGACUGUAGUUUUGUUAUUGUCAGUCACAUUCUGUAUGAAAUGGAUGAAUUUUUCUUGUGAUUAAAAUGGUUAAGCUCAGCAUCUUUAUUGGAAAAGUUCCAGAUGAUUUUCUGACCAGAGGCAUUCCAGUCAGGUACAACCAGGAUAUUAUAAGUGUCAAAUAAAACACCGAAUAAAUAUAUGUACAGACAAAGCACAAAGUCUAUGCCAGGUUAGUGUUAUAAAGUUGUGACUUCAUACCACCAUGUGAGUUUCUAUUAAUAAAUAUAUUUGUCAGUUAAACUUCAUCUGAUAUGAUUCUUGUCUCCAUUAAUUACUGUAAUUCUUUAAACUUUUCGCAUGUUUGCAAGAUGUUCUUGUAGACAUAUUGGAAGGGCUUUAGUUUGUGUAGACUGAUAAAAUUGUGCUUGUGAAGCCCUGACAUCGGCCAAUCCAACCAAUGUAGUUCUGUCUCCAAAAUCAAUUAUAAAUGUGCGGAAAUUGCACCGAAAGUUGGUCUUUCAAAUGCGAAAAGGUUGAUUAAUUACAUUGUUGAUUAGACACAUUGUGAUGGUGUACGUCAAAUUCACAGUGUUGUGUAUAUAUAUGUAUGCCAAUCUGAGAUAAUUUCCAUCAUCUGGUGGAUUUCUGAUGAAUUCUCUAGUAAUUUCAUAAUGUAUAUUUAGAUGUCAACAGUAACAAACUAUAAAGUCUGUAGUUAACAGACUUAGAUGAUUUGAUGUAUUGUCAGCAUUGACUCCUUGAUCAGGAUGAUGUGACGUGAUGUCAGGAUAGUCGGGGCUGUUGGUAAGGUGUUUGCAUUAUCUGACACCUUGAUGAGGAUGAUAUGAUGUGAUGUCAGGAUAGUCGGGGCUGUUGGUAGGUGUCGGCAUUAUCUGACAUCUUGAUGAGGAUGAUGUGAUGUGAUGUCAGGAUGGUGUGUCCAAUUGGUAAGGUAUUUGCAUUAUCUGACACCUUGAUGAGGAUGAUGUGAUGUCAGGAUGUUGUGUCCAAUUGGUAAGGUGUUUGCAUUAUCUGACACCUUGAUGAGGA